GAGACUCGGUUGGGAUUGUGGGAGCGAGCAGGAGCAGACCUCAUCAUCACCGUAAGGCGUUCUCGGUUUAAUCCUUUUUUUCCUUUACCCUGAGACAACGAAGAGAGACCGAAACAACGCUCCUUAUACCACCCUUUAAGACACUGUCGGCGUUUCCUGUCAAGCGACAGACCGGCUAGUUUUGUAGCCAUUAUAGAGCUACUUUUUUCUCCACGUUUGUACAGUAGAGUUGCGUCGCUGCCUUACUGGAUCUAAAGUGAGAUUUUUCCCCCCUCUUUUUUUCGUGAAGUGCUAGUGUGCACAAGAAGGCUUUCAGUCGCUAUCAUUCCGCUGGACGAGACGAGCGAAAAUCGCCUGUGUUAGCUGACACUUACCUGGCCGAUUACAUGCAUAAUAAAGAGUGGAUGCUGGAAUCUGUGAAUUGAGAGGAGCAAGUACAGAGAAGGAAAGCUGGUUUUGAGGAUACUCGGAAAGAGCGAAGGAAGAAAGAAAGAGUAAAGUACUUUGGGGAGAGGAGAGAAGAGAACGGGGACGAUGGGGAGGAAAAAGAUUCAGAUCACGCGGAUAAUGGAUGAACGCAACAGACAGGUGACGUUUACGAAAAGAAAGUUUGGUUUGAUGAAGAAGGCCUACGAGCUGAGCGUUUUGUGCGACUGUGAGAUCGCCCUCAUCAUCUUCAACAGCACCAACAAGCUGUUCCAGUAUGCCAGCACCGACAUGGACAAGGUGCUGCUCAAGUACACUGAGUACAACGAGCCGCACGAGAGCCGGACAAACUCGGACAUCGUGGAGACGUUGAGAAAGAAGGGCCUAAACGGCUGUGACAGCCCCGACCCCGACGCCGACGACUCGGUCGGCCACAGCCCCGAGUCCGAGGACAAGUACAGGAAAAUUAACGAAGACAUUGAUCUCAUGAUCAGCAGGCAGAGGCUGUGUCAGGCUGUUCCCCCCUCCAACUACGAGAUGCCGGUGUCCAACCCCAACAGCCUGAUCUACAGCCACCCCAGCGGCUCACUGGGCAACCACAACCUCCUGCCCCUGGCCCAUCACUCGCUGCAGCGCAACAGCAUGUCGCCCGGCGUCACGCACCGGCCCCCCAGUGCAGGCAACACAGGUGGCCUUAUGGGAGCUGACAUGACUACUGGUGCAGGCACCAGUGCUGGAAAUGGCUAUGGAAACCACCGCAACUCUCCUGGUCUGCUGGGCUCCCCGGGUGGCAUAAACAAGAACCUGCAGGCCAAGUCCCCCCCACCCAUGAACCUGGGCAUGAACAACCGCAAGCCGGACCUGCGCGUGCUCAUCCCGCCCGGCGCCAAGAACCCCAUGCCCUCCAUCAAUCAGAGAAUAAACAACUCACAGUCUGCUCAAUCAUUGGCUACCCCUGUGGUUUCUGUAGCAACGCCCACUCUGCCAGGCCAAGGAAUGGGCGGAUACCCCUCGGCGAUUUCUACCACAUAUGGUACUGAGUACUCCCUCAGCAGUGCAGACCUGUCAUCCCUCUCUGGCUUCAACAGCGCCAGCGCCCUGCACCUGGGCUCCAUGACCGGCUGGCAGCAGCAACACUUGCAGAACAUGCAGCACUCCGCCCUCAGCCAGUUAGGAAAUUGCACUAGCACUCACUUAUGUCAGAGUUCAAAUCUCUCCCUGCCUACUGCUCAAAGCCUGCACAUCAAGUCAGAACCUGUUUCUCCUCCUAGAGAUCGCACCAGCAGCACCCCCGCGGGCUACCUCCAGCAGCAGGCCCCGUCGCGCCAGGACUCGGGCCGCUCGCCCGUCGAUAGCCUCAGCAGCUGCAGCAGCUCGCACGAGGGCAGCGACCGCGAGGAGCACAGGAACGAGUUCCACUCGCCCCUGGGACUGGUGCGGCCCUCCCUGGACGAGCGGGAGAGCCCGUCCGUCAAACGUGUCCGCCUGUCAGAGGGCUGGGCCACAUGAUAGCCCCGCCCCCGGCCCCUCCC